ACCUUUCUCACCCGUGCUUGUAUGAGAAAACAACAAUGGCGUCUGGAUUUCUAAAUUUGAGCCAGAGCCUCAUGAGUUUUAGUAGAAGCACAUCAACAGCUUGUAUUUCUGAGGAAAGAAACCAUGGAAUGCCAGUGAAGAAGCAUAAUAAUAUCGGGAUCUUAGACAACGGGAAAUUCAUUAAGGAAAAUACAGCCAUUUCUGGAUGUCAAGUAUCUGACCACCAUAAAUGCCCUCCAUUGGUUAGUGCAUUAAAGGCUUCAGCCGAGCAAACUGUUGCUAGAUUUCACUUUCCGGGACAUAACAGGGGUCGGGCAGCUCCAUCAUCAUUGACUAGACUCAUUGGUAUAGAACCUUAUCUUCAUGACUUGCCUGAGCUUCCAGAGCUCGACAACCUAUUCGCACCUGAGGGUCCUAUUUUGGAUGCACAAAAGCAAGCGGCUAAAUUGUUUGGAGCUACAGAGACAUGGUUCUUAGUCGGGGGUACAACGUGUGGGAUCCAAGCUUCAAUUAUGGCUACUUGUUCACCAGGAGAUACACUAAUUCUUCCUCGAAAUUCUCAUAUAUCAGCCUUUUCGUCCAUGGUAUUAUCUGGUGCAAUUCCAAAGUAUAUAACACCAGAAUAUGAUUUUGAAUGGGACAUUGCUUGUGGUGUCACUCCUUCACAGGUGGAGAAAGCAAUCAAUGAAUUACAUGCUGAAGGUCGAAAAGCAUCAGCAGUUUUUAUCACCUCCCCUACUUAUCAUGGUAUCUGCAGCAAUCUUGAAAAGAUUUCCUUGUUAUGUCAUUCUCACGACAUUCCCGUCAUUGUGGACGAGGCUCAUGGUGCACACUUGGGAUUCCACGAGAGUUUCCCACGUUCAGCUCUUAGUCAAGGCGCUGACCUUUCCGUACAGUCAACCCACAAGGUAUUAAGCUCUCUCACACAAUCAUCCAUGUUACAUAGGUCUGGAAAUAAUGUGGAUAGAGAAAGAGUAUGUCAAUGCCUUCAAACACUUCAAAGCACAAGUCCUAGUUAUCUGCUUUUAGCUUCUUUAGACGCUGCUAGGGCUCAAAUAAGUGAACAUCCAAGAACAAUUUUUAACAAAGCAGUUGAAAUAGCCAUGGAAACAAAAGCUCUCAUAGGAAAGAUUCCCGGAAUUAGAGUCCUGGAUACUAGUACUUUCGGGAUGGAUCCUUUAAGAAUUACGGUAGGGGUGUGGAAGCUUGGUAUGUCUGGUUUUGAAGCUGAUGAUAUUUUAUAUGAAUACUAUGGAGUGGUUUCAGAACUGGCUGGGACACGUUCCAUAACGUUUGCUAUAAACUUAGGAACAAGUAGAGAUGAUGUACUAAGGCUUGUGUCGGGGUUAAAGCAUUUGUCACAAACACAUAACUCAAUACUAUUAAAGGAGGAAAGAUUAAAUGAUAUACAGCUUUUUAGGGAAAGCACUACUAGCAUGAGAUUGAGCCCACGAGAGGCGUUCUUUGCAUGUAAAAAGAAAGUGGGUUUUAAAGAGAGUGUCGGGAAUAUUUGUGGGGAGUUAGUAUGCCCAUACCCGCCAGGAAUACCGCUACUUGUACCCGGGGAAGUGGUUACAGAGGAAGCGUUAAGUUAUCUGAUGGAAGUGAAAAAGAAUGGUGGUUUUAUUAGUGGAGCUGCUGAUCUUAGUCUUUCAUCGAUAACUGUAUGCAGUUAAACCUUCUUGAAUUUUAAUGGGAUUGUUAAAGGUUGGGAUAUAAGCAGAUGAUAUGCUGCAAAAGCUAGUUGAAGUGGCAAUUUUAAGCCACUUACAAUAUGAGUUGAUUUGGUUUGUCAAAACACAUCUCAAAUGGGUCAAGUUAAAAGACAUAGCUAAAAGUAGAUCGGGGGAAAUGGACGGGCAAAAGCUCAUUAAAACAAGCUCUUGCAAGAUGCAAGCUUUACUCACGAAAUCCUACUUGGGCCUAUCAAACUAGAAAAGGGUUUCAUGUGACUUAUUUAUCUUAGUAAAAUGGAGUUGUCAAAGGAAUUGAAAGUUGUUGGAUUUGGAAUGGAAUUGAAUACGGUCGACCCUUGCUUGACAUAGAAUGGAACACCGAUUAUUAUUUCAUAUGGAAAUGGAAUGUAUAUUAUGUAAUGACAAAUUUCUGAAUUACACUAUAAUUCAAUUUCUUUAAACA